AUGGCCGGCUCUGGGGAUCUUAUCGACUUCGACAUUAUCGAAGCUCAAAAAGAAAACGUGCAAUCACUCCCAGGAGGUAGAUCAGCACGAGAACUCGCCCGUAUUUUUUCAGGUGGCAGUAACGACAAAUAUGCUUCACCAACACCUAAUGACACAAGGACCUUGAACGAUGCGAUUCGUGAAGAAUACGAAAGCGAGCUGGAGACAAUUGGAGAAUCAGACGAUCCCCUCGAUGUUUACGACCGUUAUGUUAAAUGGACCUUGAACGCGUACCCAUCAGCCCAAGCGACUCCCGAGUCUCGUCUCCUACCAUUACUUGAGCGCGCCACGAAAUCAUUUCUUUCAUCAACCCACUACAAAAACGAUCCGCGGUACUUACGCAUAUGGUUGCAUUAUAUCCGGUUUUUCUCCGAUGCACCACGAGAGACAUUUGCAUUCUUGUCACGACACCAUAUCGGCGAGGGACUGGCACUGUUUUACGAGGAAUUUGCAGCAUGGUUAGAAAGUGCGGGGCGUUGGACUCAAGCGGAGGAAGUUUACAGACUUGGUGUCGACCAUGAGGCUCGGCCAGCGGAGCGAUUGUUGCGAAAAUACAGUGAGUUUCAGCACCGGUAUGAGCAGCAGCCUCAAGAUGCGGGGCCUUCUUCACCUGCCUUACCGAAGGUUCGGCCUGCGCUGGCCGCAAAGAUGGAUCCAUUUGUCUCUGCGGAUGGGUCUGCGGAUCCUCAAGCGGCAGCUCGCGAUUCGGCCUCAACGACAGCUCCCCCGAAAACCAAAUCUGGAAAACCAAAAAUGGCUAUUUUCUCGGAUGCAGAUGAGAGUGCUGCCAGUCAGCCAGCUACAAGCGGUGGGUCUACGAAAGGUUGGGAGAGUAUUGGGACAACGGAAGAGCGCAAAAAGGAGAACCGGGUGGAGGCAAAGCCAUGGGUUGGAGAGACUUUGAAGGCAGGAAAGAAAUCAGGGCCAUCGCAAAAAAUGGCUAUUUUCCGGGAUGAGUCAAAUCCAAAUAAUCAUCAUCAAGAAAGUCAAGAGUCCAGUGCACCAGAGGAGAUCCCCGAGCACCAUGUAAGGGAAGCGGUAAACCCACGAACCGGUCGUCGAGAACGUGUUUUCGUCGACCUGGAAGCAGUAUAUCCUGACCGAAACAACCCUGCACACGAAAUUAGCUUUGAGGAGCUCCGGGCUAUGAGACGUGGGUGGACCGGUAAAAACUGGCGGAAACAAAAAGAACCUCUCCAGCAGAUUUCCGGUAACGCUGGUGGUGCCGAGCCCCCCAUUGAAAAGCCAAGAGCGCCCAGUCCCAUUGAGGAUGCAACAGAAAUAUCAGAUCAAAAGCUGGCUCUCGAGGAACAACAUGGGAAAUCUCACUUUCAGGAACAGGACGGAUCACAAGAGAGCAAAUCGAACAAAGCACGGCGAUCGAAAGUACACGGGGAGACACAGACGACACAAACUGUCAAGAUGAAGUUCGACUCGCCCACCAACUCAAAGGUUCGGCGAAAGAGUACUCGGGAGCCAACUAUGACCAUGCAUACUCGAGCUGCUACAGAUGAGAUCUACGACCUUUUCAACCAACCCUUGAAAGCUGAGACCGAGGAUGCAGCCGACAGCUUAUAUGGUAGCGACUAUGAAGACGAUGAUCUUGCUAGUAAUGCUGAUAGCACGGUUUUCGGUCACAUGUCGGCUGCUUCAAGUGAUUUCGCUGAUGAAGAAACGCACACUUUCCACAAGUCCUACGACGAUACUGAAUAUGCAGACAAUACGCAGGCUGAAAGCGUCGUCGAUGGAGAUUGGACCGAGUUUAGUGUCAGCAAAGAUAUUCCUGGGCAUGAAGGUAUCGAUACUACCUGCCAGUCAGUUCUUAAUGAUGGUUCCGUCGAUGAAUCAUCCCAUGGAACACCCGAAAGAGAACGUUUCGUCCCAGAGAUGCCUGAAGAUUAUGCACCGCUAUGUGGAACCUACAGAGAUCCAGCGAUAAUGGCACAAAACCGUCUGCCAUUUAUGACUCCCAUUGUGGAGCGAACCGAAUCUUCAAUACCCUCUCAGACGGCAGCACGAAACCACUUGUACAACACAAAGACUCCCUCGAAGCCUCAAAUGGGCAAUCUCCUUGAGAGCCCGGUAGGAGGAGCAACACCGUAUAAUGGCGACCACACUAUUUCCUCCACAGCGGACGUACCAUUCAGCCCUACUGCUUUCAAAACACUUGUUCCUAAAUCUCGCCGGAGGGGAGAAGCCAUCAUUAAGGACGCGCAAUGCAAUCCAACGGAUAAAGGUAUCCGUAACACGAUUCUGAACUCUCUGGAGCCGCCCUUGGAAAAUUACUCGGGGUAUCAUAGCCAUUCCAAGGACAGUAACUAUGCCUCCAUGAUUCAGAAGUUCAUCAGAACCCACAUCCGAAAAUCCAAGGGCGCCAAUGACGGGUUCGAUACACCUGUUCUUAAAUUCCCCGGUGCGGAGCGCAGCUACAUUAUUCGACGCGAGCUUGGUGCUGGUGCAUACGCUCCAGUCUAUCUCGCAGAAAGUAUUGGCAGCUCUGAAACCGGCCAUUUUCAAUCAGAUGACGAAGAAGAGACAUUUGGAAGCAUGGACUCAUGUUCAAAAACGGUUAGCCCUUACAAAGCUGCACGAUAUUCAUUUGAGGCUAUUAAGGUCGAGAAUGGGCCUUCCAGUGCCUGGGAAUUUUACAUGAUUCGCACCGCGCAUGAUCGACUCCGACACUCUGCCGAUCAUACCCGUGCUACAGACAGCGUCGUACGAGCGCAUGAACUACACGUGCAUCAGCGCGAAAGUUUUCUUGUGGAGGACUAUCGAGGCCAGGGUACUCUACUCGACCUCGUCAACGUCCUUCGCAAUGCCCCUAUUACCUCUAGUCAUCAUAGCGAAGGCGGUCUAGAAGAGUCAUUGGCCAUGUUUUUCUCUGUUGAACUGUUGCGUACAGUCGAAGCCCUUCACGCCAACGGCAUACUGCAUGGCGAUAUCAAAGCUGACAAUUGUCUUGUUCGCCUUGAUGAAGCUAGCUCGGAAAAUGACCCCGCCGCGGCAAUGUCUCUUUUGGAUCUUAACGAACAGCCUGAUGACACUCGUGAUAAUGCACACUACUCUCCCAACGGCUAUCACGGCUGGCGCAGCAAGGGUCUUGACCUCAUUGAUUUCGGCCGCAGCAUUGACAUGCAUGCCUUUCAGCCUUCUGUGCAAUUCAUAGCAGACUGGGAGGUAGCAACGCACGAGUGCAAUGAAAUCCGAGAGGCACGACCUUGGACACACCAGAUUGACCUUUACGGUAUUGCUGGUACGAUCCACGUUCUACUUUUUGGCAAGCACAUCGAGUCUAUGCCUGCUAGGAGCAGCACUGGAGGUUCAUCCGGCACAGCUCAUACGUACCGUAUUCGCGAAUCUUUGAAACGCUAUUGGGAUCGAGAGCUCUGGGCCGAAGUAUUCGAUCUUCUGUUGAAUCCUGGCUCUGAGCGGUGGACUCAGAUGGAACAAGAUGGCCGUCCUAGCGGUACUACGCCCCCCGUUCUUCCCGUCAUCCACUCUAUGCGCCAUGUGCGUCAUAAGAUGGAAGACUGGCUUGUUGUAAACGCCGAGAAGAAAGGUCUUGCCUUGCAGCUUCGGAAGAUUGAGACACUUCUCGCGGAUCGGAAAAAGAAGCUUGAAAGACCCUGA